ACCGUGUUCCCCUAGUUGCCAAUACUGUAACACCACGACUCCAUUUCUACUUGCUUGAAGAAAAUCACUCCGUCAAGCUUUGUUCAUCGCUCCAAACAAGCAGAAAACUGGAAAAGUUUGGUUUGUAUCAUUGUAUGUUGAAUUAACCAGUCGUCCACCAUCUUCAUUCGUCUUCCCGUCCUGUGAAACGGCCUGAGAUUGUUUUUUGAAUGCUAGCAUGGCGUUUUCUAGAGCUGCAAAACGUUCCCUUGGAAUUAUGAUUGCUAACAGGCUGCUGAACAAUGCUAGUCGACGUGGAUUUUCCGGUUGCGCAACCAGUAGGAUCUUUGUUGGUGAAGGUGUUCAAUAUGGAAGUUCAGUUCCCUACGCUUCCGAUGCCAAUUCUGUUCUUUAUUCGAGACUUAGUCUGCUGAGAAGAUUUAGUGUGGAAACCCCCGCCGGGUCGGACCAGAUGAGUCUCAUAAGGCAGCUGAGAGAAAGGACUAGUGCACCAAUUAAAGACGUCAAGGCUGCUCUUAUUGAUUGCAAUUGGGAUAUUGAAGCAGCACAGACAGAACUGCGAAAAAGAGGAAAGGUGCUGGCCCUGAAAAAGUCUUCUCGAACUGCUGCUGAAGGGCUUCUUGCCUUGGCCCAAAAUGAAACCAAAGCUGUUGUUAUUGAACUUAACUGCGAGACUGACUUUGUUGCUAGGAAUGAGAUUUUUCAAUACUUGGCUCUAUCUUUAGCAAGGCAAGCAUUGUUGUCUGAGAGUUUGUCUCAUGACGUUUCCGGGACUUUUCCUGUUGGACUAGAGCAAUUGGAGGUUAGAUUUUUGUAAAAAAUGCCUGCUUUC